AAUUCUUACUACAAUAAAACAAAUUUGAUAAAUGUCAAUAAUACAUGUGGGUUUUAAAUACUGUAAAUAUAUAUAAUAAAAUAUUUUAUCCGAGGCGCGGUACACCCUGGCCAGGGUGCCAAUCCAUCGCAGGGCACACACACAUUUAUACACUCACUAUGCACAAUUUAGGAAUGUCAAUUAGCCUAAUCCGCAUGUCUUUGGGAUGUGGAAGGAAACCCACCAAGCACAGAGAGAACAUGCAACUCCAUGCACUCGGAGACAGGAAUCAAACCCGGACCCUGAAGGUGCACAGCGACGGUGCUAACCACUACACCACUGUGCAGCCGAGAUCACGUUAAUGCUUGUCAAAGUUUAUUUAUUCGUUCAUCUUCUUUUCCGCUUAUCCUGUCCAGGGCCUUGGAGGGGCCUGGAGCCUUUCCCAGUAGACUUUGAACACAAGGCCAAUGCACCAUAUGGCGCACACAGGGUAAUUUGGGAACACCAAUUAGCCUAAUCUGCAUGUCUUUGGACUGUGAAAGGAAACCAGAGUACCCUAAGGAAACCAACCAAGCAUGGGGAGAACAUGCUAACUCCAUACAGAGACCCUGAGAUGGCAGCCAUCUGAGGAAUCCCAUGAUCACAAUGUUCCACUGGAGCUGAAAAGAGCAUUAGAAGCCAUGAAGGAUAAUAAGCAGGACCGUCCUCAUCAAGAUUUUCUGGAAUGCCUUCACUAUAAUAAAGUCUGCCGGUUAAUGCAACACGAUGCUGAUGAAGUGUUCCACACCAUCCUAAACCUCAUUCAGAAGCAGAUGUCUGACCAGCAAACCGCAACAGCCAUAACAAAUCUUUACAAGAUCGAAGUGGAAGGAUGCUGUCGCUGUUCAGAAUGUAAGAAUGAGCACUGUGUCCCCAACUUCUUCCUCAGCUUUCCACUACAUCUGCCUGAGAGGACGAGCACCUUGGAGGACUGUAUGAAAAUGUUUUUCGAGUGCCAGAAGUUGGAAGGCAGCGAAGCUUUUUAUUGUGGCAGAUGUGAAAAGAAGACGCCAUCUGUUCAGGGCUACAGACUUGUUUCACUGCCGUCGAUCCUAUGCUUCAAUCUGAAAAGGGUCAGGAAAACCAGCAGCUAUCCAAAAAAACUGAAUCUCAAAGUCAGUUUCCCUGAAACUAUAAACCUGUCUGAAAUAUUACCUGAGGAACACCCCCAAUUGUCUCAGAGCAGGUACAGACUGUACGCAGUCAUAGUUCACGUUGGGACGGCCAUGUGUGGGCACUACACGGCGUACAUCUACUCCACGGACCGCCAGUGGUAUUAUAUUGAUGACAGCCACACGUCUCGAGUCAGCUGGGAGGCGGUUCAGGAAACAUAUGGUGGAAGAGAACUGUUCAGUCAUACUGCAUACAUGCUGCUGUACAGGACACUGAACACAGAGGCGGCCUAGAAAUCCCUAAACAUGAUGUUUAAUCUCCUGUGAAUUUAAUUAAGUAACUCCUGAUUAGUAUUUAGAAAUCUUUAGAUUACAAAUAUUCUUAUAUUCUUAUAUAAUUUUAAUAUUCUUAUAAAGUUAUGUUAUUCUUGUAUAAAUGAUAUACAGAAAUAGUUUUAUGGAAUAUAAUACUUUUAGAGCACAUAGCAUUAAUCAUUAUAGGAAUUAAUUUUUUGGGAGUAUUUUCUGAUUUAGACUCACAUUAAUGAUUCAGAUUAUUUGUCAAAAUUGCACACAAAUAAGGAAACUAUUUUUAUUAUUUAUGCACCUAAUUUAUUUCAAACAAACUUAUGUGUACAAAAUAAAACUUGACUUCUUCAA